AUGGAGACGGGGUCCUCCAAGACGUCCAGGCAGAUGGAGCAGUUCUACGCUGCUGUUUCUCUCUGCAGGUGGGGCCGCGGCUUUGGCUUGGUGGAAGGUCUCUUGGGGAAACACAGCGCCUUGAAUCAACCCAACAGCUUGUUUGGCAUCGUCUUCUACACCCUACAGGUGUUGCUGGGCUUCACUCCCCGCACCCUGGCGGCCGUCGCCCUGCUGGGCAGCUCCGUGGUCUCCAUCGCCGGCUCGCUCUACCUGGCCUACAUCCUCUUCUUCGUGCUCCACGACUUCUGCCUGGUCUGCGUCACCACGUACCUGCUCAACGCCGCCCUCCUCUUCCUCAACUACCACCGUCUGGCCUGCCUGAGGCGGAGCGGCCAGCGCCGGGCCAAACCCAAGGGACAGUGAGCGGGGCUGACGGAGCCCCGGCCCCGCCCCCUCCUGGAACUUCAGCUGUGAUAAGGAAGCCUCCUCCAUGGGCCCAUCUAGCCCAGUAUCCUGCCUCCUCUCCUGGGACUCAGCUAGCCCAGUCUCCCACUGCCUCCCUGCCAAACUAGCUCGCUGCCUGGCUGCAUCCAGCCUUCCCACACAAACGGAGGCCUUCCCUGGAUGCAUUCACGUCUUUAGAGGGUUUUUUCCUCCACUUUUUUAUAACAUCCUAGCUGCAUUUUCAAAGGGAAAGAUGGUGGGGAGAUGGAGUUUAGUGGCUUAACAAUGCAGGGAAUCCAGGGUUUCAAAGGGCGACAUGACACACACCCCCAGCAUAGGGACUGAGUGCGAGACCAACCCGCAGGUCAGAUUUCAUCACUUCCAGCAGGGGGCAGAGCGGCUCUUAAAUCUCUUUGAUUUUUUUCUAGCAGGGACCAGCGCGAGAGAGACCCGUAUCCCUAGCGAGACCAACCGAGGCAGGGCUGGCGUCUGAGCUCAGGGACCUCUGUGUCAAUCCAGAGCGACUCCUUUGGAGUCCGGGCUGGAUGGUCAUCUUAAUGAACUCAGCGUGAGCGGAUUAAACAGCAACAUAUCUAACCUGGCAGUGUCCGCAGUACUGUCACUGACCAGCAGGGGGCACUGUGCACAGAGAGCCACAUGCCAUCAAAGUGACCAGCCAGAGCUGUCUGCGUGCAGCUGAUUGGGCACAAAAUCAAAUGUUUGUAUCUGAAAUAAAGUCGUCCUCAGCAAGAGGCAGCAGGGGGCA